CAUUAGCCACAGAUCUCUCUGUGUCGGAACCGUUGAAAUCAGAGCCACGGUGCUGACAAACAAGUUGGGACUUCUAAAAGAAUCCACCGUUUGCCAACUGCCUGCCUUUUUUCUACACGAUGACAAAUGGAGUUCACUUAAGAAACUCACAAUUGUUCCAACGCCCAUAGUUUCAAGCUUUCCCCAUUCUCUAAUAAUUCUGUAAUAACAUCUCCAGAACCCACAAAAAUCGGAUCUUUUAACCUCUGAUUUUCGUUUCGUAUGGAAUCUGCUAAUUCAAUUGCCUCUGCACCUCAUCCCACUUCAAUUCUACUGCCAGUGGCUCACAAUGCCCCAAGCGGCACGGCGGGUAGUCGUCUCGCUCGGCGCCUCGUCGAGAUCGGAGUCAAAGAUGUGUUCUUUGUUCCUGGGGAUUUCAAUCUGACCCUUUUGGAUCACUUGAUCUCUGACCCUCAACUCAACUUAAUCGGCUGCUGCAAUGAACUCAACGCUGGCUACGCUGCUGAUGGCUAUGCUCGAGCCAAGGGCGUGGGUGCAUGUGUGGUCACUUUCACCGUUGGUGGGCUUAGCGUGUUGAACGCUAUUGCUGGUGCAUACAGUGAAAAUUUGCCUGUGAUUUGCAUUGUGGGUGGCCCAAAUUCCAACGAUUAUGGCACUAACAGGAUCUUGCAUCAUACCAUUGGGCUUCCUGAUUUCACCCAAGAGCUUCAAUGCUUCCAAACAGUCACCUGUUAUCAGGCGAUUGUGAAUGAUUUGAGUGAUGCGCAUGAGUUGAUAGACACUGCGAUUUCAACUGCUUUAAAGGAGAGCAAACCAGUUUACAUCAACAUAAGUUGCAAUCUUCCUGGAGUCCCUCAUCCUACUUUUACUGCAGAUCCAGUUCCCUUCUUUCUUGCUCCAAAAGUAAGCAACCAAUGGGGGUUGGAAGCAGCAGUUGAAGCAACUGCAAAUUUUCUCAACAACGCAGUGAAGCCGGUGAUUGUUGGCGGUCCCAAGCUAAGAGUGGCAAAGGCACAACGGGCGUUUGUCGAGCUGGCCGAUGCAAGCGGAUAUCCGAUCGCCCUUAUGCCGUCCGGGAAAGGGUUGGUGCCGGAGCACCAUCCACAGUUUAUUGGGACAUAUUGGGGUGCUGUGAGCACCAGUUUUUGUGGGGAGAUAGUUGAAUCAGCCGAUGCUUAUGUGUUUGUUGGCCCUGUUUUCAAUGAUUACAGCUCUGUUGGGUACUCUCUACUUGUGAAAAAAGAGAAGGCUGUGAUUGUGAAUGUGAACCGUGUGACCAUCGGUAAUGGCCCAUCCUUUGGCUGCGUUUUCAUGGCUGAUUUUCUAAAUGCAUUGGCCAAAAGAUUGAAGAAAAACCCCACUGUUCUUGAGAAUCAUCGCCGAAUAUAUGUUCCUCCUUGUAUCCCUCUCAACUAUGCAAAGGACGAACCUUUACGAGUCAAUGUUCUCUUCAAACAUAUUCAGAAUAUGUUGUCCGGUGACACUGCGGUAAUUGCUGAAAUUGGUGAUUCAUGGUUCAACUGUCAGAAGCUUCGUCUUCCUGAGAAUUGCGGCUAUGAAUUCCAAAUGCAAUAUGGUUCUGUUGGAUGGUCAGUAGGUGCCACUUUGGGAUAUGCUCAGGCCAAUAAAGAUAAGCGUAUAAUCGCCUGUAUUGGUGAUGGGAGUUUCCAGGUGACGGCUCAAGAUAUUUCAACAAUGAUUAAAUGUGGGCAAAGGACCAUCAUCUUCCUCAUUAACAAUGGAGGAUAUACCAUAGACGUAGAGAUUCACGAUGGUCCAUACAAUGUUAUCAAGAACUGGAACUACACUGGAGUGGUCGAUGCCAUUCACAAUGGUGAAGGAAAAUGCUGGACGGCCAAGGUACAAACAGAGGAAGAACUAAUAGAAGCAAUUGCGACCGCGAACGACGAACACAAAGAAUCAUUGUGUUUCAUCGAAGUUCUGGUGCACAAAGACGACACGAGCAAAGAGCUACUAGAAUGGGGGUCUCGUGUGGCCUCUGCUAACAGUCGCCCUCCAAAUCCUCAAUAACCGACUGUUAAGAGUGACAUCAAAAAGAGAAUAAAAUAGCAGAGUUCUUCAUUCACUUUAUGUUGUAUGCUAAAAUGGAGAGCUGCUCUGCUCUUUUGGAUAUAUUGUAAAUGCUUGGGUUAUGUCA